UUUCUCCAGGGAAACAGUGUUGUGAGUUUGAUAUUUUGUGCGUCUUGUGUUCAGUUCUUGGCGUAAACGGACGGCUAAGGACCUUCAUCAAAAUGGCUGGAGCGGUCAAAUUCUUGGUUUGGCCUCUGAUUGUGAUGGCAUCGCUGAAGCGUGUCUCCGCGGCGGACUACUGCGAUCCGACCAUCUGCUUCGGCGGCACCGGCAACAUCGGAUGCGGCGGCGAUGCAACCAAGCUGAGCAAGACCUGCCCGAAGGGUGCCAAGAUUAUCGAAAUGACCGACGAUCUGAAGCAGCUCAUUCUGGACACGCACAACGGAUACCGCAGCACCCUGGCAACCGGUGGGGUCAAAUGGCUGCCCAAAGCUGCCGCCAUGCCUACUUUGACCUGGGAUAACGAUCUGGCCGAGACGGCCCAGAUGAAUGCGAACCGUUGCGACCGAGGUCACGACAAGUGCCACAACACGCAAGAGUACCUGAACUCCGGACAGAAUUUGAACUACAUUGCCACCAGUGCCGAUACAAUCGACGUCAAGGACGAGGUUCCGAAGCUGAUCAGCAGCUGGUGGGAUGAGCGUCACGACGUCAACAAGAACAUGGUCAAAACCAUGUACAACCCGGGCAAGAGCAUUAUGGUGUUCCACUUUGCCGUCCUCGCCAGCGACAAGGUUAACAAGGUUGGGUGCGGUAUCGCACAGUGGACUAUCCCGGACGGCUGGCUCCAGAUGUAUUUGGUGUGCAACUACUCGUUCAAUGACUUCAUCGGCAUCCCUAUCUACAACAAGGGUGAACCGUGCUCCCAGUGCAAGAAGGGUUGCAAUGCCAAGUUCGCUGGCCUGUGCAACGAAGACGAACCAGUCCCACAGUUGAUCGACUACCCGGCUCCGAAUGCUUAGAAGAGCGGAUUACCGAACACUGCCCGGAUGGUGGAUUUAUAUUAACGCCAAUAUAAAACAACAACAGAACAGCAUUGUAGUACUAGAACAUUUCGAAGUUGUCAGCAUGUCAAAAACAAAAACCACCACUGACCCGUUGCGUGGAAACGAAUAAUAGCAAUAAAGUAUUUGGUGA